AUGUUUGGGUUUGCUUUUCUUAUCAACCCUCACUUUGUUCAGAAGUUUCAUAUCAGUAUUCAUAUGACUAAUCUCACGAAUGUCAGCCAAAUCAAUGUAGGCUGUAACUUUCCUGUUAUUGACCCGUUCGACAAAGCAAUAGAAACAAUGUUUCAAACAUUCCCUACUAUCAACUGCUCAAAAAAUAGACCUCAUAUUGUGUAUACAAAAGGCGAUACCAUCUUCAUCAACCACACGAAAAUACAAGAAAUACCUUGGCUGAAUACAACAUUUAAACAUUGUAAAUAUGAAGCUCGGGUUCGGGAUCCAGCCUCUCAAAAUGACAGGAGAAUAAUAACAGUUAAGGAAGGUCCGUUUUUUAACGAUUCAGUCAAUGUUACUGACGAUUAUGUUGUGGUUAAAUGCUACAAUAUAUCAGACAUUAUCGUGUCUAAAUCUUUUUUAACAUUUAUACGACGAAAACCCAAGCUGGAAGCUGAGUUGAAAGUGAAAUAUGCAACACACGUUAACCAACACGCCCCAAAAGAGACUCUAAGCGUCAUGAUGGUAGGUGUAGAUGGCAUGUCGAGAAACAGCAUGAUACGCUCCAUGCCAAAGACAAGAAAUUUUCUACUAGAUACCAUGAAAGCGGUAGAGCUACACAAGCACAACAAGUACGAAAAGAACACUUAUCCUAAUUUAGUUGGACUUCUCACAGGCAACAACGAACUUGCAUUGGCCAAUUUGAACUGGACAUGGAAAAUGUCAUUUGACAAUAUCAAUGAUUUAUUUCUGUGGAGUGCUUACCGCAAUGCCGGCUACAGAACGGGAAUGUUUGUGGAUAUGUCGUAUAUCACGGCAUUCCACUACCAGAAACGCGGCUGGAACAAACCGCCGGUGGAUUACUACUUCCGGGAGGCGGUGGUUGACUCGGAGUCAGACAUGAUGCGCAGUGGAAGCUGUAUUGGUGACGUCCCAGUUAUCACUCUCUCAACCGACUACUUGGUAGAGCUGGCGACUUUGUUUAAUAACUCUAAAUCAGAGCCGUACUUUACAUUUAGUUUCUCAGCUUACCUGACUCACGACAACAGCCACUUAGCCAGUGCAGGUGAUGAACUCUACUACAGAUUCUUGACGAAGUUGGUGGACGGAAACCUUCUAAACAACACCGUCCUCGUGUUUUUCAGUGACCACGGGCCCAGAUUUGGAGCAAUACGGUCAACUUUCAACGGUAUGGUAGAAGAAAGAACGCCGUUUAUGAUCCUUGCGUUCCCAGCAUGGUUCCGUACCAAAUACCCGCAGCUGAUGGAAGUUGUGAAAACCAACCAAGAGCGUCUGACGACCCACACGGACGUCUACGAGACUUUGAUUGACCUGCUGUACUUUAAAGCAGAGACCGGGAAAGGAAGUCUCACCCAGCCCAGGUUUAGCUUGUUCAAAGAGAUUCCAGAAGGACGCACGUGUGAGCACGCGCAGAUUCCUGUGGAGUACUGCGCCUGUAUGGGUUUCACAGAGGCCAAGUUAAGCCAGACGUUGGGUCUCUAUCUGGGUCUUGCUCUCGUAGACAAAGUAAACAACUACAUACCGAGAGAUUUAAGAAAGUUUUGUAGACAUCUGCAACUUGACCAGGUUACAAACCUAGUGGAAAUAGCCUCGAACACGUCGCAGCCCCAGCGGUACCAGGUGACCGUAACGACCCAACCAAACGACGCUAUCUAUGAAGGUGUUGUGGCUUUGACCAGUACCAAUAAAGCGGUCGUGUCUGGUGACGUAGUCAGACUCAACUUUUACAACAACACGGCUGAUUGUAUUGAAGACCCGAAUUUACGGUCUUUUUGUUUGUGUAAUCCAACCCAAGUUUGA